CAGUUUGUGAUUUGCCAAUUUCUUGCGAAAAUGUUGGAACUACCAUUCAAUAUGGCACUUCGGUUCCCCAAGUUGGAUUUCAAGUCUUUUCCCUUUACUGAGAACCUCAACCCUGAAUUGCUAGGUCACGUAGUUGCUCUUGUUGCCGUUGGCUUUACAGCUGCUUAUAUUUACUAUCGCGCAAAACACCCCAAAGGAAGCUUGGACCCCAAAAAUUUCAAGGAAUUUAAACUCAUAAAGAAGACUCAGCUCAGCCAUAACGUUGCAAGAUUCAAAUUUGCCCUUCCUACUCCUUCUUCGGUAUUGGGCCUUCCUGUUGGAAAAAACAUACUUGCUAGGGGAAAAGAUAGCCAAGGAGAGGAAGUUAUGAGAUCAUAUACUCCAAUCACGUUGGAUUCAAAUAUUGGCUACUUCGAGUUGGUUGUGAAGAUGUACCCGAAUGGAAAGAUGUCCCACCAUUUUAGACAAAUGAAGGAAGGUGAUUACUUGGCCGUGAGGGGCCCCAAGGGACGUUUCAGUUACAAACCUGGCCAAGUUAGGGCAUUUGGAAUGAUUGCUGGGGGCUCAGGCAUAACUCCAAUGUUUCAGCUCAUAAGAGCCAUUCUUGAAAACCCUAAGGACAAAACAAAGGUGCACCUUGUUUACGCCAAUGUAACAGUGGACGACAUUCUGUUAAAGGAAGAACUAGAUAACUUUGCAAACAAAUUUGCUCAAAGAUUUGAAGUCUACCAUGUUCUUAAUAAGCCUCCUGAACAAUGGAAUGGUGGCAUUGGAUUUAUAUCGAAGGAGAUUAUUAAAUCACAUUGUCCUGAACCAGCCCAAGAUAUUCAGAUACUUAGGUGUGGUCCACCACCUAUGAAUAAAGCCAUGGCUACUCAUCUUGACGCACUUGGCUACACAUCUAACAUGCAGUUCGAGUUCUAACCGCUUCAAUCUAAUUCAUUUAAUUAUUGCCACGUACAAUUCAUUGUUUGUAUCGUAUGUGUCUUAAUCAAAUUUUAUCACAUGAUUCAUUUCAUAAUAAUUUAUGCCAGUGACAAGAGUGCUACUGUGAGCCUACUGUUUCAUUCCACGAGCCAAAUAGGCAAAUACGUUAUACUGUACCGAAAAUGCCCAUGAAUAAAAAUGUUUGUUUCAAGUGUAAUUGUCACAAAAACAUGUAUAAAGGUUUUUUUAUUCA